AUAAAUAAACUUUAUAUUAACGCCUUCCCCCGUUUACUUUCACUCAAUCUCAUAAUAAAUUUUUUUUAUUUUUCCUCCCCAUUUUAUUAACUCCCCUUUUUUUUGGGGCCCUUUUCCUCUAAAAACCGUAUCCCAUCGGCGAUCCACCGGCAUCUUCCGGCCCUCGCCGCCGAUCGCCGGAGCAGCUCCGCCCCCCGGAAGGUCGGUCCACCGUGCGCGUUAUCAGAUGGACCGGAAUAGUUGAAGUCGAGAUUUUUGAAGCAAGUCGUGGUAGAGCCACCUGCGGAUAAUUUCGUUAUUUGGCAUCGCAACUUGACAAGGUGGUUCUACAUGGAAAGUCAAGCGUGUUUCUCUAUCAAGAUGCUGAAGUGACCAUAGCUUCCAUUCAACCACUACUGUUCUGAAGCAAUUCACUACAUGGAAGCAAACAAAGAAGAGGCCCUUAAGGCAAAAGAAGUUGCUGAGAAGCGAUUUGCUGAAAAAGACUUUGCUGGUGCAAAAACUUAUGCCUUGAAGGCUAAAACACUUUGGCCUGGACUGGAUGGUAUAUCUCAGAUGGUGGCCACUUUCGAGGUUUAUAUGGCUUCUGCAAUUCACUUUAAUGGUGAGGUAGAUUAUUACUCAAUUCUUGGGUUAAAGCCUACUGCAGAUAAAUAUGCAGUGAAGAGACAGUAUAGGAAGUUGGCAGUUCUCCUUCACCCUGAUAAGAACAAAUGUAUUGGAGCUGAUGGUGCUUUUAAGCUUGUUUCUGAGGCGUGGACUCUUUUGUCAGACACUGCUAAGAGAGGCUCGUACGAUCUCAAGAGAAAUCAACACUUGGCAUCGUUGGUUUCACAGACAAGUUUGUCUUCAGUUCAUGGUGCUGGAUAUACGACGCAUAGUAACUGCUUCACUCCACCCACAUCUCAACCUACGCUUGAUACUUUCUGGACUGUCUGCACGUCUUGUAAAGUUCAAUAUGAAUAUCUCCGUAAGUACGUCAACAAGAGACUUUCAUGUAAAAAUUGCCGGGGUAUUUUUGUUGCUGUGGAAACAGGCACUGCUCCAGUUACUGGGUCUUUUCCCUAUAGUCCAUAUACUUAUCUCCCCGGUAAUGGGUAUGGAAGCCACAGAUCUGAUGGUGUGUCCUAUGUCCCAACAAAUGCUGCUUAUUUUAUGGGAAAUGGAGUGUCAGGAUAUCACGCCGGACAGGGGUAUGAAUACACCUCGAAUGUGUCCUUCCAGUGGAGCUCUCCCUCUGGGAGUUCCACUGCAGUUGUUGGCCCUAAUGGGUCCGCAGCCGUAUCGAGUGAUGCAGUUUAUCCAGCUAAUGGUAAGGUUCAUAAAGCUAGACACAGAAGCAGUGAAAAGCAUGCUGCCAGGAAUACUCUGGCUGACACUGGUCCACAUUUGUCCGGUGGUGUUAAUGGAUCGUCAGGGUUGAACAUGGUUAGACAUGACAAGAGAAGGAAGGUUGUGGUUGGAUCCGAGUUUAGGAAUGGCUCCGAACAAGUGGGGGUAAAGUCAUCUCCAGAAACCAAAACAGAGUAUGAUCCUAAGUUGUCGAACUCAAAUGAACUUCCAGCUAGACGUUGCUCUGCUAUGCCGGCAUUUGAUGCUAGGAAAUUGCUGAUGGACAAGGCUAGGAUGGAAAUCCGUAAGAAAUUGGAAGAGAUGAAGCAGAAAGCAGCAGCUGCUGCAGCAGCAGCUGCAGCAGCAAAAGAGGCGGCGAGGUUACAGGCUGAAGCUGCUGGUCAGUCCAAGUUGGUUAGUCAUUCAAAAGCUAGUAGAAGUGGACCAGUCUCGAUAACAGUCCCUGACCCUGAUUUCCAUGAUUUCGACAAGGACCGAUCUGAGGAAUGUUUUAAGCCCAAGCAAAUAUGGGCUAUUUAUGAUGAAGAAGAUGGCAUGCCUCGACUUUAUUGUCUGAUUCGCCAGAUCAUCUCAGUAAAGCCAUUCAAGAUCCUGAUCAGUUACUUGAGUUCGAAAACUGAUUCUGAAUUUGGGUCGGUUAACUGGAUAGAUCAUGGAUUUACAAAGUCAUGUGGUCAUUUUAGGGCAUGGACCUCUGAUGUUGUUGAUCAAGUGAACAUCUUCUCUCAUCUACUGAGUAAGGAAAAAGCUGGCCGGGGAGGUUGUGUUCGCAUAUACCCAAGAAGUGGAGAUAUAUGGGCUGUUUAUCGUAACUGGUCUCCCCAUUGGGACCGAUCCACACCAGCUGACGUAAGGCAUCAAUAUGAGAUGGUAGAGGUGGUUGAUGAUUAUUCUGAAGAGCUUGGUGUCUGUGUUACCCCCCUCAUAAAAUUGGAAGGGUUCAAGACGGUAUACCAGAGGAAUACAAGCAAGGAUGCAUUGAGAUGGAUACCAAGGAGAGAGAUGCUACGCUUUUCGCACAGGGUCCCAUCUUGGUCUCUGAAAGGAGAAGCAAAUGGUAAAUUGCCCGAUGGCUGCUGGGAUCUGGACCCCGCAGCAACUCCUGAUGAACUCCUCCACGCUGGGAUCGAAGUCGCUGCUUAAUGCAUCUACAGAGAGAGGCAAAGAAGGAUCAGGUGGAAUCUAUACUUUAGCAUUCUUUAGACAACGUUACCUUAAGGUGUACAAAUAUUCAGACACAUGGCCAAAAGGCCAUUGUAACAUUAACCCCAAGAUGGUUUUCGAGGGUUCUUUGUUGUGCCUUUCUUGACUCUGUUGACUGUUUGUUCGUGGAAAAAUCCACUUUGCGGUCGGUCUGACAACAUAGGAUGCAUGGGAGCAAGUGGGUUUUGCCAAUGCCUGGAGUAUCUAAGGCGAUCAUAUUCCAUCGCGGUUGAGAAGCUCCAUUGCAGU